GAGUGGAGAGAGAGAGAGAGAGAGAGAGAGAAGUGCAGAGUCUGUCAAUUGCAGUAGUCACUCUGGUGUCUGCAAGGAGCCCAUCCCAGGACUGGGACCCAGACUAAGGGAGAGUCUCUCUGACUGUCUCUCUCAUCAAACACGCUGCACAUUCGAGGGCGGAGUUGAGCUGGGAGUGAGGGUGGAGUGAGGAGGCGGACACACUGCGCUCGGAGCCACAAUGAUUCACACCGGCGCUGGCAGCGGAGCGGCUGCGGGAGCGGGAGCGGCUCUGGCCCCGGGGGAAGCGGGGGAAAUGCCGGCCACCGAGAAGGAUUUAGCGGAGAAUGCUCCGUGGAAGCGGAUCCAGCAGAACACCUUUACCCGCUGGUGUAACGAACACCUGAAAUGCGUUAACAAGCGGAUCGCUAACCUGCAGACGGACCUGAGUGACGGGCUGAGGCUGAUCGCUCUGCUCGAGGUCCUCAGUCAGAAAAAAAUGUUCCGAAAGUUUAACCAACGCCCCAACUUCAGGCAGAUGCAGCUGGAGAAUGUCUCAGUGGGGCUGGAGUUCCUGGACAGGGAGAACAUCAAACUGGUCUCCAUCGCUGGAGAAUGUCUCAGUGGGGCUGGAGUUCCUGGACAGGGAGAACAUCAAACUGGUCUCCAUCGGUGA